ACCCGCCGGCCCUUCCUGGUGGCCUGGAACGUGCCCACCCAGGACUGCAAGCCCCGCUUCCAGGUGCCCCUCGACUUGAGCCUCUUUGACCUGCAGGCCUCCCCCAACGAGGGCUUCGUGGGGCAGAACCUCACCAUCUUCUACAAGGAGCGCCUGGGGCUCUACCCCUACUACACUGCCCAGGGCGUGGCUGUCAACGCAUCUGGUGCACCGGCGGCAGCCCACCUGGACCAUCAAGGAGGUGAACAAGCAAGCGGUGUAUGAGUUUGAGUCGGCCGCCCGGCAGUUCAUGGUGAGCACCCUGCGUGUGGCCAAGAGCUUCCGCCCCAAGCAGCUCUGGGGCUUCUACCUCUUCCCUGACUGCUACAACCAUGACUACAGCAAGAACAAGGAAAGCUACACUGGGCAAACCGGCGGCAGCCCACCUGGACCAUCAAGGAGGUGAACAAGCAAGCGGUGUAUGAGUUUGAGUCGGCCGCCCGGCAGUUCAUGGUGAGCACCCUGCGUGUGGCCAAGAGCUUCCGCCCCAAGCAGCUCUGGGGCUUCUACCUCUUCCCUGACUGCUACAACCAUGACUACAGCAAGAACAAGGAAAGCUACACUGGGCAAUGCCCAGACGUGGAGAAGACACGCAAUGACCAGCUGGCAUGGCUCUGGAGGGAGAGCAUGGCCCUCUACCCCUCCAUCUACCUCGACCUGCUCCUGGCUUCUACUCCCAACAGCCGCAAAUUUGUGCGGGCACGGGUGAUGGAGGCCAUCCGCAUCUCGCAGCAGCACCACGACGGCUACUCCCUGCCUGUCUUUGUCUACACUCGACCCACCUACAUCCGCAAGCUGGAUGUGCUCAGCCAGCCGGACCUGAUCUCCACCAUCGGAGAGAGCGCGGCACUGGGUGCAGCUGGGGCCAUCUUCUGGGGCGAUGCAGACUACACUAAAAACCGGGACUCAUGCCAGAUCAUCAAGAACUACCUGGAGGAGGACCUGGGCCGCUACAUC